UGCCUCAUCAACACUGGACGCAGUUGUCUUCCCCCAAUGUAACAUAAGAUGCUGGUCCCUACAUGUCAAAUAUUUUUAGCUGUGCAAAUUGUAUUGUGUUGAACGGUCAAGGGUAAAGGCCAUCCGACCAUCCUGAACUUCUUUUUCCUUUAAUGUCAAAUAUGGUACGCACCAAAAUGUCUUAUUUGUCUCAUUUUCCAAAUCUGCAAAAUAUCCCAGCAUCAAAUGAGAAGAGGCGGAGCUUGAUUUCAUUCCUCAGGAUAUGAUUGGAUCGUAGAUAUUUGGCCGUGCAUACCAGCAGGUGGUUGUGGGGAUUAAUACAUCUAUCCUUUUCAAUGACAUCACUUCAUGAGCUGUGCAGGGAUUAUGUCAUGCGUUGAAGCUGUCUGUCAUUUAAAUCCGGGUGUACACAAAAAAAAUGUAUAUGCAUACAAAAGGUUUAAUUCUAUUGCCUGCAAGAUGUUUUAACAGGCAGUUUCUGAGAUCUCUUUCACGCUGAUGCAAAAGUGGCCUCCUGUGUGGGCCGUUGCAUAACCCUUCAGAGGGCCCCUUUCUAUUUUUGUUCCUGGAUACGCAUCUCAGUGAGGUAUUUUCUGUGGCGAGUCGCUAGCAUCAGUAGGUCUAACGCACUCUCAUUGAGCAAGACAUGGAGCACUGCUGGGGUGCAUUUUCGUUGCAUUUGGCCUUUUUAAAGGGGAUGCGCUGGAACGCCGGAUGCAGGAACUAUGAGAACAUCUGCUUUUGACUGGAGAUACUGGACUGUGGACAGCAGAAGGAAGGAGGAAAGUCAUAUACAUCUGGAAUGGCAUGGGGACGAGUAAAUUAUGAUUUAGGUUAAAUCUCUAACAGAAGGUUUCCUGACCUUACAGUUUGAGGCGGCCUUUACAUCCAUCACAACCCUCAGACGGACACAGAGAUGGCGCUGGAAGUUUGCCUUCAUAAACACGCCUAUCCGGUCAGGAUGAUUUGGAUGUGGUGCCCAGUCUUAAAUCUACAUAGAGAUGAGGAACAUGUUUAAACAACUGGACUGAAUCGUUCUUUUUAUCAUGUGGAAAAGAUUACUCCACCUGUUGUUGGGCUGAUCAGUGGACUACAAUCACAGAUAAUUGUUUAAAGGAUUAAGACUGACAUAAAACAAACUUUCAUUGAGGCAAAAUUAUUCUAGUUGUGACCAAACUAAGAACCAUGUAGCAACUGUUAGAAAAGAGACAUCUUUACCAUGGAGGCCACAAAAACCUCAGGAAACUCAAAGAGCUCAGAGCAGAUGAGCAGUGUCAAAGAUGACAAAAAGGCCUCGUCAUUUGAGAUGACCCAAAGAGGCCAAUCCUCAGACUCGGAGGACAUAAUAAAAGUAGCAGAGCAAACUCGGACAGAAGAUGUAAGGCCAUCUCCUCUUUUGGACUCCGAGGCCCUCUCUUCAGAAAGUUCCUCAAAAUCUAGAGAACAGUGUCACAUUCGUCUAAGAAGAAAGACUCUCCCAAACAAACUAUCAGAGUAUGAUCUUCAGAUCUCAGAGGGUCUGGACAAAAAGGAUCAGAAAACUGCAAAGAUGGGAAAGUAUGUAUGCCAGUAUUGUGGAAGAGCCUGUGCCAAACCCAGUGUAUUGAAGAAACACAUCCGUUCACAUACGGGUGAACGUCCAUAUCCAUGCAUUCCGUGCGGAUUCUCGUUUAAAACCAAGAGCAACCUGUACAAACACAGAAAAUCUCACGCCCAUGCAGUGAAAGCAGGUAUGGUUCCGUAUUCAGAACAAGACAACGAGCAUGUAGAUGAAGAGUCGUCAGUCGUGGCUGGUGAGAUGCAUUCGGAUGCCGAGCAGAGUAGCGAUACUGAUGAAGAGCCUGCGGGAGAGUCGUCCUUGGUUACAACGACCCAUGUCAAAGACACAGAGAGUUUCUUUCAAGAAAAGGGUGGAAAACUAGCAAAAAAAGAAGACGUCAUGCUUUCCACCCCAAGUUCACUCAAUAGAGAAACUACAUCGGGAAAAGUGACUUUAUGGCAGCUUCGAGAAAUGAUGACGCCACCCGUGAUUGCUCAGGUAGACCAGAUGGCGGAGUUUUCCACCAUCAAGCAAAGACUGGCACUCAGGCUGUCAGAGAAGAAAAGUCAAGACUCUGAACGUUCUCUUUCCCUCCCCAGUUCCAGCAGUAAAGGCAGCACUGAUUCUGGAUACUUCUCACGUUCUGAGAGCGCCGAACAGCAGUUUAACCCAUCAAGCUCAAGUGCCAAGUCAUAUCAAGAAAUCAUGUUUGGGAAAUGUUACAGACCGACCACCAGGCCGAAGCAAUCCAUCACUGUACAGAGCUGCAUGAUGGACAUAAAUGAAGCCGCAUCAAGUUUUAUGAUUAAACUUAACAAAAGCAAGAAGCUUGGCGACACAGAAUCCAGCAAGAAAGAUCUGGUCCGUUCGCUAAAAUUUGAUUCUGAGUCUUUCCAAGAGGAAGAUUACCAAGAAUGUCAAAUUCCUGAUACGUAUAGCUCGGAUCUUAUGGAAACGCCAUUAGACAGUACCAUGUUCUUACGCAGUAACUCUCUUCCAACUUCAACUAAUUCAAAUCUGAACACACCGCAAGGACUAAGAAGCAGUAAUUCAUUCGACGAAAGAAUGUCCGGUGGUGAUGUCUCUUACCGGGGAGCAGUUGGUAUAAGAAGACUCAUGCGUCAAGGUGCGUUUGAACACUCUGCUAAUGAGGGACAUGCAGAAUCAGACUGUAACGCUCACCUGGCUUGUUGCCUGAAAUCAGAGUUAAAAAUACACAAUGUGGACGAUUCUAAAAUGGCGGCUGAAAACUAUCAAGAAGCAGAGAUGUGCACGGCCUCUCAAAGCCAGUUGUCAGAAGCAUCCACAAGAAAAAGAAGAAAGGACAAAAGUGUCAUUGAGGAAGAAGACUUACAUAUCCAAGAUAAAUCUUCACAUGUAUCUGAAACCAAGGAAAGUGGUUUAGAGACUGCCUACUCUGAGACUGAGAGAAGAGCUGGCUGCAAUGUUAUCUCCGUAAUUCAGCAUACAAAUAAAUUAAACUGGUCAAACACCUCAGAAAUACCAUCAGAUAUUAGAUCACAUACCUCCGACAAAGUUGCUAUUUGUAAAUUUACACAGCAUGGUGUAGAGGGUCUCCGAAAUGACACAAAUCGCAGCUCGGAAAGAAUAGAUUGGCAAUGGGGUAGCAGUGUAAGCCAGAAACCUCACAUUAUAAAGCAACCGUCAUCUCAGUCCAGUAUCCAAGUGCCUGAGAUUAGAGUAACCGUGGAACCUGACAGACCGGACAAGGUUCCAGAUCAAGCGUGCAUCAAGCAACGAGAAAAGCCCACAGAAGAGUUCCAAUGGCCACAAAGGAGCGAGACGCUUUCACAGUUUCCAGUGGAAAAACUACCACCCAAAAAGAAGCGCCUGAGAUUAGCGGAGAUGGAAUGUUCUUCAGGUGAAUCAAGUUUUGAAUCCGCUUGCACAAGUCUCUCCAGGAGUCCGAGUCAAGAUAGCAAUUUGUCCUACAGCUCAAGCUUCUCGCAGUCGCUUGACAGAGAGGAGAUCCUUAAUGUUGCAUCUCAGAGCAAUUCAGAUGAGUAUAAUAAGCCAUUAGAGUUCUUAUCGGUUCCAGCAAUUUCGCAGAGUCGUCACAGAGAAAUGCGACGCUCUGCGUCGGAGCAGGCACCCUAUAACUUACCCGCAGAUGUUUCUGAAAUUAGAAGCAAGUCAUUUGACUAUGGCAGUCUGUCUCCAUCAUCUAUAUGUAGGCAGGAGGAUGUUAAAGAACGUAGAAGGGGCUUCUUAGUUAGACAGGCAUCUUUAAGUGGCGAACCAGAUGUUCCAGGUGUCCAGAUCCAGGCGCUGGACAAAUCUUUAAAUGUAGAUGUGACAAAAGAUGUCACGUUUUCAGAUGAAGUGAACAGGCGACGAACGUCAACAAUUGAGAGAAUGAGAUAUUCUUGCUCCCGAUUUCAACAACACAAACCAGUUGGCUCAGUGCAAAGUUCAUCUGAGAAGGAUUACAGUCAAACCAAUGUUUUCCACAUUCAGGACAUAGAUAGCGUAAUGCAUAGAAUCAAAAAGGAACAUGAGGGUUUCCAGGCAGCUGAAACUUAUAUCAGCUUAAGAAACCCCCAAGAAGAUUGUUCAAGAAGUUUGGGCAAUGUGUUAUCCUCAAUAAGAGUGCUUUCUCAUGCUCAACAAGCAUUAGCCAGUCAAAGAAUGUCUAGUUUACUAGUUCCCGUCAGAAUUCAGAUGCAGGUGCCGUCCUAUGGAAGCAUAACGUACACUAGUAUAUCUCACAUUCUGGAUUCUCAAACGCAAAGUUCCGUUUCAUGUGUAGAACACAAGAAAUCCAUCAGUGAGAGUUUCAUCACCGUCAUGCCUCGCAAUAACACAGGAUGCGAACCAUCUCAAAUGUCAGGACAAGGUAGGGGACGAUUGUGUAGCCCGCAGGCAUCCCCAGCAAAGCUGAAUACAGGCAUACCUUUAUCAUUAACUUCCAAAACCAUCUCAACUACAGAGGCCCCUAGUGGUGGAGCAAACAAGCGCAUGCUUUCCCCCGCAAGCAGCAUUGAGCUUUUCAUCGAAGCAAAGCAGCAAAAACGAGUUAAAGAUGAGAAAAUUUACGGCCAGAUUGUUAAAGAGCUCAGUGCUGUGGAGUUAGGAAAUUUUGAAGGUGAGAAAGACUGUCCGUACGAAGGGUUUCAGUCAGCAAUUACCCAGAAGCCACGGAAACUCAGCGAGGAGCUAGAUAUGGAUGAGGUUAGCCUAGAUUCAUACCACAAUCCAAAAUUACAAUAUCCUGCCAGUUUUGCACAAAAUACUCCUUUGAUCGAAUGCAAACCAACACCAACUCCUACUGAGAUCACUGGUGCUUUACUUUCCCCCAAGUUUCCAGGUCUUCAUACCACUACUUGUGUGAGCUGGUGCCAUCUCAACUCCACCAAACCAAACAGCACCCAAACAGCUGCACAGUUCUCAGAGUACGCCUCUUGGUUAGUGAGAUCCCAUAACCCCAAUCCACCCAGUCUUAGCACAGGGAUGGUCCUUGCUCUUCUCCGAUCUAAACAGGGCAGACAAAACAUUGUUUAUACAGUCGCUACCAUGUAUCAACCUGGAUUACUUGUAACCUCCACCCCAUGGAGACCAAAACAGGAACAGGUUACUCUGGAAUGCAAGGACGAAGAGAUGAAGCAUGAUGUAAAAUUAAGAGACAUUGGCCAGAGGUGCAAAUCCUUGCGAGAGGACGUUGCGUUGUCUGCACGUCAACCAGAACCGACUCGUGUAAAGAUUUUUGAAGGAGGAUAUAAGUCUAAUGAGGACUACGUGUACGUGAGGGGCCGUGGCAGGGGAAAGUAUAUUUGUGAAGAGUGUGGCAUUCGUUGUAAGAAGCCGAGCAUGCUGAAGAAACAUAUCCGAACUCACACAGAUGUCAGACCUUACGUCUGCAAAUGCUGCAAUUUCGCCUUUAAAACGAAAGGGAAUCUCACCAAGCAUAUGAAGUCAAAGUCUCACAUGAAAAAAUGUCUCGAAAUGGGAGUUUCACCUACUGCCAUCGACAAUAUAGAAGAUGCAGAUGAAGUCCACAAGUCCUUAGGUACCAGGCCAGUGGACACAACCAUUAAACAUCAGUUUUCAGAUGUGGAGGACUCGGAUGAGGAUGGCGAUGAGCCAGACGAUGAGGAAGACGAUGAAUGCGAUGGUGAUUCCACACCAAAAACGCUGUCCAGAAGCACAAGUCCUCAGACCUAUGGAGUCAACAAGCCAUUUUCAUACAGCCAUGCCACUAAACAUCCCGACACGGGUCGCAAUCCACCGAAGGAACAGCUGGACGUUUCCUUACCAGGUUUUGAAGAUGAUCUCACUUUGGAGCAGUCAAGCACUUAUUCUGAGCUCUGUCCACAUCAGCUGCUGUCACCUUGUUGGGACUCACCUUGCCAGAGGUACAUGUUGUCAAGCCGAGACUCGUCUCCCCUGAGAGCUGUUUCUCCGAGAAGAGAUCUGAGCAUCCGAGGGGAUUUCUCACCUCUUCGGCAGCUCUCGCCUGUAAGACCUGCAGGUUCUGAGCCAACAGGGCAGCGAGCGCAGUCUCCGCUGGGUCGAAAUAAAGGGCUCCUCAGGGCCGCGUCUCCACGCAGGGGCUCUUACCAAUACAGGGCCCACGUGGAUCAGGGAAGGAGUGUGAGAUUUCAAACUACACCCCAUAGACAAGUCGUCGGAGUGCGCUCAGAUUUGGGAACGGAUCGAGAAGAUUCUCCUUUGUAUGUUCCUGUAGGCCUAUGCGGCCAAAAAAAUCCCUCCACCACCCUGCAGCCGGACAUCCUCAGUCAUUUACCUUUGCACUCUCAAGGACCGCUGCCAACACCUGUUCCGAUGAUCCCUAUUGGAGGGUUAAGGAUGCCCUCCACAUCAUCAACACCCGGUGCUGCUGGGGAAAUAAAUUCCCUCCCAUCACCCCCACAAGGAAACAUAUUAGAAAGGGCUAGUUCGGGCCGCACCUCAGCCCCCGUCCCUGAUCCUGGAUCAGCCAGCGGCGAAGACCCUCACUCUAGCCUUCCUAACAAAGACGAUAAAAAGGAAGAGAGCGUCUCCAUCUGUGCGAAAGCUAUCGAGUCUCUCAGAAUAACAUCUGAAGAUGUUACCGAUCAAACUCCUAAAAGUUGAUUUGUUAGCAUUGUACGGACACAUUCAAAAGCCGGAAACAUCAAGUAUGCAAAUGUAGACGGAAUGCUUGGUCGGCCCAUUGCGAGUGCAGUUCUGUUGAACAAACUGACUGUAUGAACUGCAUCUUUCUGCUGGCAACCAACCUCCCUUCAGAAUUACUGUACCUUUAAAUGUCUGUGCCAUGAAACCGGAUGUGUUAUUCAGGUAAUUUACUACGAACAUAUCGACAAACGAUCUCUUUAAACCGUUGCCUCAUCAUGAUUAAUGAUUAAUCCACCAGUUGUGGACCUGAAAGAUACCGUAACUCCUUGCUUGAAUGCAUACUUGGGUGUCAUUAGGAAUUGCUGUCUUAGGCUUUCAUGGAGUGCUCAAAUUCCCUGCUGCCAGGUGCUGUAAAUACAUUUAGAUGAACGGUAAUGCAUUUUAAAAUGCAAGACAUUGUGCUCAGCCCGAAGUAUUUGCAUUCACAUAUUCCCUGACCACGAUUCUAUGGGUUUUUGUACCGUAGAAUCAAAUCAUGCGCAGAAUAUGCACAGCAACUCGCAAACUUCUUUCAGCCUUUCGUAAUAAUCUCAGCUGUUAAUAUUAAUUGAAUAAGUUGCAUGUACAUUACACAUGCAAGAGAGUUAAAUGUUUUCCUGCAGGUCAUUGAGUAACAAAAUGUUGCCAUUCUUACAGGAAUCGUCUUCAUCGACCUUUGCUUUGUGCCUUUUAAGAACACGUCUGCGUAUUGCUCGAUGAGAGACGGUCAUUCGCUGUUUCUGCACUUACUUGUGAUGGUUGUAAAGUUAAACUAGUAUGAGGUGUUGUGGUUGCUUUAAAGAUUGCACUUAAUACGUAUGCUAAAGUUUGCAUAUUGCAUUCAGCUGUCCUAUAAUGUUGCCUUUGCUGUUGUAUAUUAUCGCUGGCACCUUUCAAAAACAUGAUCAAUCUUUUAAUGACCCUUUUGUUUAGAACGUCUUCACCGUAAUGUAUUUUUCUAAGUGUACCAUGCCUCGUUUCUUUCAACUUUAGGGUUAUCUGCACUUAUGUAACAAAAUGCCACUACAAACAAUUUAUAAUGUAGGCCUAGAUCUGCGUAUGAUAUCAUAUUAUAUUCUAAGUAGUAAGUAUUAUGCGUUAAGAUGACUAACUGAAGCACUUUCUAGCAAGUUGAUAGACUGAAUGCCAUGUCAUCAAUAUGGGAGCUUUGUUGAAGCGUUUUAGACAAGGAUUUUUAAUUGAAUUUAUUAUAUGGCACAACAUUCCAGUGUUUAGUCAAUUAUAUGUGCACACACGUGCACACGUAGACGUAUGACUGCUAUCAUGUACUGUAAAUGCUUUGAGGAGUGUUGAAGCAUACAAAUAUAAAUGGUCUGAAGGAUAUUUUUGCUUUUUUCGGUUGAUGGUGAAUUUUAGACUGUUUGAAUGUAUGAAACUAGACUAAGUCAUAUUAAAUGUCUUUAAAGGAGGUCUAAGUGCUAUCGUGUUAAACAUUUUGAUAUGUGAUGUAGCAAUCGAAGCUGGUGACACUUCAUAAUGAGGUUGUGUAUGUUAACAUUAGUUAAUGGAAUAUUUAACAUGAAAUGGCAUUGAAUAAUACUUUUACAGCAUCUAUUAAUCUUGCCUAUUUUUACAUACAUACAAUUUUUAAAGGGUGUGCUGUAUGGUCACUAAUGCAAUAUAAUCUUGAAUGAACUAACAAUAAACAGUUGUAUACUUAUAUGAGCAUUAGCCAAGAUUAAUAAAUGUUGUAGAAAUGUUUUGUUCAUGAAAUCCAGUGCAUAUGUUAACAUAUUGAACCUAUUUGUGAAGUGUUAACAUUAACACUUGGUAUUUGUUUUAAAGUCUGAGAGUUACAAACACUGAGAUGGUGAAGUAGUAGUGAAACUUACUUUAUACUGAAUGAACUUUCAUGUCAUGUUUACAGUAUUACAUAUUUAAGACUUUGAGGUUAUUUAAAGUAUUUUAGUAAUUGUGUUAUUUAAAUGUUUUAUCGAUCUGUUUUGUUUUUGCCCACAAAGGCAGCUGAUUUAUCAUUUAAUUGUUUUAUUCUGAUAAAAUUAUGACCUUCAGAAAAAAUGAUAUUAAAGUUGUAUUAUAAAUA